AUGGAUGGACAGGAGGAUGUGCGCAAAAAGGGUCACGGGUCGCAAGAAGCUGCGCCUCGACAGAGCACUAGGAAGAUGCAAGCGCAAUUUCUCGGCACGGAGCAGGCACUGUCACGUCUGGCCGGCCGUCACAAAGGUUGGCAUGCUGGCAGAGUACAGCAUGUCAUGAGCCUGUCGUUGCCUGAUCUGUCUGUGCGGCACAGACAUCGCCGCUGCCAUGGGCGGACUUCACGGAUUCCUCCCAGCAGGUGUACGCUUUGUGUGCAUCCGGUGGCCGGCAGAGGGAAAGCGGUGCUGACAGGUGGUCUGGCUGCUAUGGUUGGAUUAUUUUCUAAGGGGUGUAUUCGAAGCAAGCACGGCAAGCUGGCCCGGGCUCAACAUGCUCAAAAUGCUCAACAACACACUGACACUGACUGGCGUGACUUCAACCUUGAAGCUGCAAAGAACGCCAAGGUGAUCUUCUGUAUUCUCGCACGUGGCAGUGGCUCAAAAGAUGCGUGGCCAAAGUCGCCCGAAGGCGUGAGGGACCUCGGGAAUACACGGGAUGACGUUGCGCGGUCGCUCAUCACUGCACUUGGCAGCAAGUCCCCAGACGUCGCUGUCGUGCUGGUUUUUGAAUCUACUCCUCAGACGCGCAGCAGACAAUGGUGGAUACUGACAAGGGAUUUUGUACAGAAGCAGCCGCUUACUGAGUAUUCAAUACUGCGGCAGUGCCAGCGGGUUGCGCAAACGGUCCAUGAUGAGGAAGUGGCCGGGCACGAGAGCAGCCGCCGUGCGGCUGUGGAAGCAAGGCCGUCCGGCACCUCUCUUCUGCAAAGCCGCGACUGUGACUCAAAGGGCUUCGAGGGCUUCGAGGGCUUGCAGGAGACGGCUGAAGCUUUCUUUGAAGCAUUCGGCGAGCCUGAGAACUCUGUUUUGGUGCUUCUCGAUGAGACUUUUCACCCACUGCCCGUGACGGCACCACUAGCGGGCAAAGAUGUUCCUGAAGCACGGCGAGCGGUCUUCGUGUUGGGUCUUCGGGAGGAGCUGAACCGGGAACAGCUGGAGUGCUUUGCGCGUGCCGCUGUCGAGCGCCACUGGGGCGUUCUGCGAUUGAGCAUGGGCUGGGUUGGCGAGUUUACGUCGAAGGUCGUGGCGCGUUUGCAGGCGUUGCACAGCUGUCACCAGCUUCUCAAGUCCUUGGGAGUCCUCAAACACUGGAAGGAUCUGAACAUGUUGAACAUGUUGAAUUCGGACAAGUCGGACAAGUCGGACAAGUCGGACAAGAGGUUGCAGGUUGGAUGGCCUUGCCCAGGUCGAGACAAAGAGCAAGAGCUGUUUGCACGUGACGGGCCAUUGGUCCAUUUCUGUCUGCCGGUGCAGGCAAGACUGGCAGAUCUGUCGUGCGAUCCGACUUCGGGUUCUGCGGCCGCAUGCAGCUUGAUUGCCCGGAGCUGCAUCGCCGGACUCUGGCGGGCACACCACGCUUGGGAUCGGUGCAGGCUGUCCUUCGCAUUCACGGAUGGUUCAGUGGUGACUGUCACACGCCGCUUUCAGGGACGCUUCCGAGGCCGCCGGGCCACUGAGUAUAGCAUCUUAAAAGAGCUUCGAAUGCUUGUGGACAUGGCUCUGGACGAGCGCAGGCAAUGCAGGCAGAAGGGCGUCCAGGCGAAGGCAUCCACCCCAGGAAGAAGGGCUUGCACCGUGCAGAUGCCAGAGGGCGGUCACCUUCCAACUCUACCCUACAGAAAAGAUGGCACCUUACAGCUGCGCCUCGCAAACUCGGUGAGUGAUUUGGCGAGAGACGCCUGUAGACCCGUGCCAUGUGAUGUUUUUGUGUCCGAGUUGCUCCAGACCCUGUGGAAGCCUCCGCUUGGGAGAGAUGCUCCCAGUUGCAUGGUUUGCUUGGUGUUGCUUGCUUCGGACACAUCUUUCAGUCCCUUUAGCUUCUCAGCUGGUUGGAGAGGAUGCGCAUCUUGGCGGCUCCCUCCCCAAGACCACUUCACCGCGCUUUGCACGCUGCAGAGCGCCUUGCUUGGUGCCGAGGGCAGUGGCGCAGAGCUGCUCACACAGGUCCUAGGAGACCCCGUCAUCGAAUCGACCCCCAGUGUCCCUGAAAGGGGUCGCAGGAUCCGAUCUCAGAACCGGGUCGGCGGCCUCGUGGCCGCCUCGGCUGCCGCCUUGCUGCGUCUUUGCCGUAGCCUGCCUUUCCUGUUGAAGUCAGCGCCCAAGAAAGAGUGUGCCUUGCACUCGACUUCCCAGCCUUCCAAGACCCCAGUAGAAGCAGGACCUGCUUUUCGGCCACGAGCCUGUUUGAACGAUCAAGUUUUUUGCACUUCAGACUCGCCAGAUCGGCUCAAGUUCGCAAGUUCGGACGCGAAGUUCAACAACAUUGCCCGCGAAUGGCGUUGCAAGUGGUCUGCUGAUGGCGAGAAGGCUUCCCUGAAGGCGGCCCAAGCCGCAUUGGAUGAAGUUUUGCCCGAGAUCAAGAAGGUAGCUGGUGUUGGAAGCGUGCAGCGCGUGGUCUGCGGCGGCUGUCUGGACUUCAAGGUAGUUGUGAAGCUCCCGGCCGACAAGUUCGGCGACUGGGAGAAGUCCAGCUUUGCCCCGGAGGAGGCAUUCCUGGGCAAGCUGAAGGGCAUCGACGGCAUCUCCACGGUGGAGACGCAGACCUACACCCUCGAAGAGAUUUGA